AUGGCCCAUCAAUCCGAUACCACCUCCUAUACCACCGUGUCCGACUCUCACAGCACGGAGUUCAGCAAUCCCAACCGGGAGGAAGUUAGUGCCAACGCUGGAACGUCGUCCCAUGCAAGAAGACCAAAAGAAACGGUCUCCAGAAUCUCAUCAGCCAUUGCGCUGGACAACCCUUCCAAGGAAGGAUCGAGGUACGUGCACAAUGCCAUUGCCUCCAUUGUCACUAAGAUUUUGUCAGGGGAUCAAAAUGUUCCUGGGGUUUCUGUACCCUUGAACACUAUCGUUCCCGAUGAUGGUGCAUGCCGUGAAACUGCAGUUGUGUUGAGGGAAAAUAUAGCUGGGUUACCUAAAGAGGACCCUAAGAAUGAUAAACCUGUAAGCCAGCCAAGAGGGUCAGGACUAGGAGAGGGAAAAAAGACAGUGAUGCAAAGGUCUCCAGCCAAGGAAGUUGAUGAGACAACUCCUCACAGACAACCAGGGACAGAGAGUGCUCGCAAAAGGAAAGGCUAUGGACCUGCCAAAUCUUGGAGCAAAGAGAUGCCCAAGAAGUUGAAGACCAAGGCAGUGGUGGUGGAGUCUGAAUCUGAUGUCCCAUGUGAUGUCACAACAUCCAUGUCCAGGAAGAAGCCUUCUUCGAGCAAGUUGGCUGCUAGUGUCCCAGAAGUUCCCAUUGACAAUGUAUCCUUCCACUUUGCAUCCAGUGUCAACAGGUGGAAGUAUGUCUACCACAAGAGGCUGGCCCUGGAGAGAGAACUGGCACAGAAUGCACUGGACUGUAAGGAGAUUGUGGAUCUCAUCAAAGAGGCAGGGUUGAUACGAACUGUGUCUCAACUUCCUAAGUGCUAUGAGACCUUAGUGAAGGAGUUCAUUGUAAAUUUGUCAGAGGAGUGUUCUGAUGGGAAAUCCAAAGAGUUUAGAAAGGUCUACGUGCGCGGCAAAUGUGUGACCUUUUCCCCCUCUGUGAUAAAUCAGGACAUUGUUGGCAUUUUCGCAUUUGUUGCUGCAUUAGUUCAGGCUACUAGGUCUAGUUGUUCUGAUCUUUUUGAUUUUGAUCCUGAGAUAGAGAGAGCCUUGCACGCACGCCAUAGAGCAAAUCAAGCUAGCACUAGUUCACCACCCGUUAGCGAUUCUGAUUCUGAUUAUUUGCAUAACUUAUUUGAUUUUGAUUCUGAACUUGAUUUUAAUAACAUGGCUGAACAUAGAACACUAAGGCAGCUUGUUGCUCCUGAUAUGAAUUAA